GUUCAAAAAAGCUCAUUGUUGGAAAAAAGCCAAUUGGCUCUUUGCACCAUGGUCUGGGCUGUGUACUAUCCCUACCCCACCGGAGACUGGUCUGUUACUGCAGACUUUUUGAAGUGCCCGACCCCAACAAACCACAAAAGUUGGGCCUGCACCAAAGGGAGAUCUUCCUCUUCAAUGACCUGCUAGUGGUUACUAAAAUUUUCCAGAAGAAGAAGAACUCAGUGACGUACAGCUUUCGACAGUCUUUCUCACUUUAUGGCAUGCAAGUGCUACUCUUUGAAAAUCAGUGUCUCAGAAAAUGACAAAACUUUAUGGAUAUUCAGUUCUGACGUCAGCUAAGUAUGGAGGGAUGGGUUUCUGAUGCUGUUCAACAAUCUGACAAGGAUUUUGUUGGAGGCUUACAUACACAAAAUAAGUGAUAAAAUAAGUGGUUACAUUCAGUCAGUUAUUACAACAACCAUUAUUGCUAUAGAGUGGUCUGUAUUCUGUGUGUA